AUGCCAGUCACCCACCCACCCAUCCUACCAUCCGCCCCCCUCCACCCACCCUGUCCACCGCUCCACCCACCCUGUCCACCCACUCUGUCCACCCCCUCCACCCACCCUGUCCACCCACUCUGUCCACCCCCUCCACCCACCCUGUCCACCCACUCUGUCCACCCCCUCCACCAACCCUGUCCACCCCAUCCACCCACUCUGUCCACCCACUCUGUCCACCCCCUCCACCCACCCUGUCCACCCACUCUGUCCACCCCCUCCACCAACCCUGUCCACCCCAUCCACCUACUCUGUCCACCCCAUCCACCCACCCUGUCCACCCUCUACCCCUCCACCCACUCUGUCCACCCCUUCCACCCACCCUGUCCACCCACUCUGUCCACCCCCUCCACCCACCCUGUCCACCCCCUCUGUCCACCCCCUCCACCCACUCUGUCCACCCCUUCCACCCACCCUGUCCACCCCCUCUGUCCACCCCCUCCACCCACUCUGUCCACCCACUCUGUCCACCCCCUCCACCAACCCUGUCCACCCCUUCCACCCACUCUGUCCACCCACUCUGUCCACCCCCUCCACCCACCCUGUCCACCCACUCUGUCCACCCCCUCCACCCACCCUGUCCACCCACUCUGUCCACCCCCUCCACCCACCCUGUCCACCCACUCUGUCCACCCCCUCCACCCACCCUGUCCACCCACUCUGUCCACCCCCUCCACCAACCCUGUCCACCCCAUCCACCCCCUCUGUCCACCCCCUCCACCCACCCUGUCCACCCCCUCCACCCACUCUGUCCACCCCUUCCACCCACCCUGUCCACCCCUUCCACCCACCCUGUCCACCCCCUCCACCAACCCUGUCCACCCCUUCCACCCACUCUGUCCACCCACUCUGUCCACCCCCUCCACCCACCCUGUCCACCCACUCUGUCCACCCCCUCCACCCACCCUGUCCACCCACUCUGUCCACCCCCUCCACCAACCCUGUCCACCCCAUCCACCCCCUCUGUCCACCCCCUCCACCCACCCUGUCCACCCCCUCCACCCACUCUGUCCACCCCUUCCACCCACCCUGUCCACCCCUUCCACCCACCCUGUCCACCCCUUCCACCCACUCUGUCCACCCUGUCCACCCCCUCCACCCACUCUGUCCACCCCUUCCACCCACCCUGUCCACCCCCUCUGUCCACUCUGUCAACCCCUUCCACCCACCCUGUCCACCCCCUCUGUCCACCCCCUCCACCCUCUCUGUCCACCCCCUCCACCAACUCUGUCCACCCCUUCCACCCACCCUGUCCACCCCCUCUGUCCACCCCCUCCACCCACUCUGUCCACCCCAUCCACCCACUCUGUCCACCCCCUCCAACCACUCUGUCCACCCCCUCCACCCACUCUGUCCACCCCCUCCACCAACCCUGUCCACCCCUCCACCCACCCUGUCCACCCCAUCCACCCACCCUGUCCACCCCCUCCACCCACUCUGUUCACACACAGUGGUCACCUGGUUGCAUCACCUGGUCAACUCUUUGAUGUUGGCACACCUGUAAUUAACUCGCACAUCUUCAGGAAGGCAGGUGCUUGCUCCUCUUGA